GCGAGCGACUCCCCUCACCUCGUUCCAUUCCCCCUCCUCCUGGGUCGAUUCCCUUCUCGUUCUCCUCACAGCGCCUCCUCCUCUCCAAUCCCUAACCCUAACCCUAAGACGGCGCCGUCGCCCGCGGCCUCUCCCCUUCACCGACGGCGCCAUCUCGUCCGAGUCCGAGCUGGAGGAGCACGUGUACGUCGGGGACGCAGCAAGGCCAGCACACCAUCGGUCCCGCCUUCCCUGGUUCCUCGCCGAGCGCCACGAAGAGGAAGAGAGAAUGGUGAAGGAGAAGGGGAAUGAGAAGGGAAAGGGUGCUGGUAAGGAGAAUGGGAAGGCGAAGGGUGCUGGUAAGGAGAAUGGGAAGGCGAAGGCAAAGGAAAAGAGCUUGAAUUACCUAAUUAGGCAAGAUUCGGCGCUGCCUCCGCCGGUUCCGAGGAAGAAGAGCAAACCUAAGGUGCAGAUUAGGAAGGCGAAAGACUUUCCCAAUGCCCCAAUGGGAGAGUUGAUUUGUAGCUUAAAAAAACACCAUCCGCCUCCUCCGCGUCUCCCCGACCGCACCGGUGCCGGCGUGCGUGCCGCGGAAGCCGCUGCCUCCGGCUCCGCAACCGGCUCCGAGCUGCCUCAUGUUGGAGAAGUUUGACAAAUAUUGGGAAGAAAAGAACAAUGCCAUGGUGAUCGCAACCAUCUUUGAUCCACGAUACAUAUGCUUGCUGUUUUUACUCCAAUGGUUGUUGUUUUUUUACUCAUAUGGUUGCUGUUUUUACUCCAAUGGUUGCUGUUUUUUUUUACUCAUAUGCUUGUUGUUUUUACUCGUAUGCUUUCUAAUUCACUCCAAUGCUAUCAUCUUUGAUCCUAGGUACAAGAUGGGUUACAUAGAGUGGGCCUUUGGAGAACUAUAUGGAGAAGGAAGUACAAGGUUUAGGACUGAGAUCAAAAUCGUGGAGGAAGAGUUGGCGGCCUUGUAUGACAAAUGUGUUGCUCAAGAUAAGCGAGCUGGAAAUGGAGAAAGUUCAUCUUCCUCUGCAAACAUUCCUAGUAUCCCGGUUCAAGCUGGGUACGAGUCCUUCUUAUCGUCCCGUUCAACAAGAAUAUCAAAGAGUGACUUGAGGAACUACUUAGAGGAUGAGGUUGCCCCUCGCAACAAGGCUCUUGAUCUUCUUGGUUGGUGGAAAGACAAUGCUCCUAGGUACCCAAUUAUGGCCAAGAUAGCCAGGAGGUUCCUUACUAUCCCGGCUACCUCCGUGUCUUCGGAAUCUACCUUCAGCACGACCGGAAGGAUUUUAGAUGACUAUAGGAGUUCGUUAAAACCAGUUAUGGUGGAGGCAUUAGUUUGUGGUGCAAGUUAUAUCAAGGGUGCUCACGUUGACUUGAAUCUGGUGCCGAGGGAUGAGAAUGAAGAGGAUGAUGUUGAGACCAUCAAGUUACCCAUUGUGGUGGAGGAGAUCAACGAUUGACGUUCAUCAUGUGGAUGUUGAUCUUGCUAUUUUGGAGAUGAAUGUCAAAUGAUCUUUCUCAUGUGAAGGCUACUUUUGCAUUUCUGUUAUGUUGGAACCUUUCAAGUCAUGAACUAUGAAUUGUCACUGCUAGCUUGGAGAUGAACCUCUCGUUUGUGUUAUGUUCAACUUGUCAAUUGACAUGGACUUGGAAUUGUCAUUGCAAGUUUGUAAUCUUGUCGUUCAAUGAUGAUAAGACCGUAUGUUUGUGGA